AUGACAACGACGGCCACCACUCUCAAGGGCCAGCCCCUCGACAAGGCCGCGCUCGAGUCUCUCCUGCGCCGGCGCAUGUUCUACACGCCCUCGUUCGAGAUCUACGGGGGUGUUUCCGGUCUCUAUGAUUACGGUCCUCCCGGCUGUGCGCUGCAGGCAAACAUCGUCGAUAUCUGGCGCAAACAUUUUAUCCUCGAGGAGGACAUGCUUGAGGUUGACUGCACUGUUCUCACCCCUCACGAGGUUCUCAAGACCAGCGGCCAUGUCGACAAGUUUGCGGAUUGGAUGUGCAAGGACCCUAAGAACGGCGAAAUCUUCCGUGCCGACCACUUCGUCGAGGGCGCUCUCGAGGCGCGGCUAAAGGGUGACAAGGAGGCACGUGGCCAGAAGGUGGAGGAGAAGGAAGAAGAUCCGAAGAAGAAAAAGAAGAAGCACAAGGACCUGGCAGCGGUGAAGCUUGAUGAUGCUGUUGUGCAAGAAUACGAGCAGGUGCUGGCGCAGAUUGACAACUACAAUGGCGAGCAGCUGGGCGAGUUGAUCACGAAGUACGACUUGAAGAACCCCGCCACCGGCGUGCUCCCAGAUACCCCGAUGCCCUUCAACCUCAUGUUCCAGACCUCAAUUGGCCCCAGCAGCAACCUUCCCGGCUAUCUACGGCCAGAAACCGCCCAGGGCCAGUUCCUCAACUUUGCUAAGCUCCUCGAGUUCAAUACCGGCCAGAUGCCGUUUGCCUCAGCCUCGAUUGGCAAGUCGUAUCGGAACGAAAUUUCCCCAAGAGCUGGUCUUCUUCGUGUCCGCGAGUUCCUCAUGGCCGAGAUCGAGCACUUCGUCGACCCCGAAGGCCACAAGAAGCACCACCGGUUCCACGAGGUUGAAAACAUUGAGCUCGCGUUCCUUGACCGGAACAUCCAGUUGUCCGGGAAGACGACCAUCACGAGGCAGACAAUCGGCCAAGCCGUGAAAGAUGGUCUUGUUGACAACGAGACUCUGGGCUACUUCUUGGCCCGUAUUCAGCUGUUCCUCAAGAAGAUUGGCGUUGACCAGUCUAAGAUCCGCUUCAGGCAACACAUGGCCAACGAGAUGGCCCACUACGCCUGCGACUGCUGGGACGCUGAGCUCCUCACCUCUGGCGGCUGGGUGGAGUGCGUGGGCUGUGCUGACCGGAGCGCCUACGACUUGUCCGUUCAUGCGAAAAAGACUGGCGCACCACUUAUUGUGCGCCAAAAGUUGGACGAGCCCAAGACUAUUGAGGAAUGGGAGCUUGAUAUCAACAAGAAGAAGUUCGGUCCGUUCUACAAAAAGGACGGCAAGGCUGUCGAGGCCGCUUUGCUGGCCACCACACAGGAAGAUCGUUCGAGGUUGGCUAAGGAGCUAGAAGAGACCGGCAAGACUACUAUUGAUGUUCCCGACGUUGGAGAGGGCAAGGUCGAGGUUAGCAAGGACCUGCUCGCCGUUGAGUGGCGGAAGCGGGUUGAGCACACCAGGGAAUACACCCCUAACGUCAUCGAGCCAUCCUUCGGUAUUGGCCGGAUUCUGUACUCGUUGAUGGAGCACAACUACUGGACCAGAGCCAGUGACGGCGGCGAUGAGGCUCGCGGUGUUCUCUCUUUCCCUCCCGCCGUUGCACCAACGAAGGUUCUCAUCGUGCCCCUAUCGUCCCACAAGGAUUUCCCGCCCGCGGUGCGCAAGCUGUCACAGAAGCUCCGUUCUGCCGGUCUCUCCAGCCGAGUGGAUGACUCGUCGGCUAGCAUAGGCAAACGGUACAGCCGCAACGACGAGCUAGGCACCCCGUUCGGCGUGACUGUGGACUUCCAGACGGUCCAGGACGGCACCAUCACUCUGCGCGAGCGUGACAGCACACGCCAGGUGCGUGCGGAUGAGGACAAGAUCAUCGAGGCGAUCAAGGCGCUGGUUGAGGAGACCAAGACAUGGAAAGAUAUUGAGUCGGAGCUGCCCCUAUUUGAGGGCCAGCAGGAGGCGGAGGUUCCCGUCCGGUAA